GUGCCGUUCGAAUGUCGCUCUUCGGUGGUGUCGGCGCGUCGGCGACCACGGCUGGUCAGACCAACACCACGGGUGAUAUAUCGAAAGAUGUCGCUCUUAAUUCUCCUCCCGAGGACAGUAUCUCGGAUCUCCGGUUCUCGCCCGCUAGUGACCAUCUAGCAGUCGCCUCGUGGGACAAGAAAGUUCGCAUCUAUGAGAUCAACGACCAGGGCCAGAGCGAAGGCAAAGCUCUGUUCGAGCACGAGGCCCCUGUUCUAAAUUGCUGUUGGUCACCGGAUGGUACGAAAGUGGUAGGAGCUGGCGCCGAUAAAGCCGCUCGUAUGUUGGAUCUCGCAGCCAACGCGACCACCCCCGUCCAAGUUGCUGCCCACGAUGCGCCCAUCAAGUGUUGCCAUAUGAUUCCGAACCCGACUGGCAAUAGUCCGCUUCUGGUGACCGGCUCUUGGGACAAGACCGUGAAAUAUUGGGACCUGCGACAAUCUACCCCAAUUGCGGCGGUGGAGUGUCAGGAGCGAGUCUACACCAUGGACGUCAAGAACAAGCUCCUCGUGGUCGGCACCGCUGACCGGUACAUCAACAUCAUCAACCUCGACAACCCCACCAAAUUCUACAAGACCAUGCAGUCCCCGCUCAAGUGGCAGACGCGGGUAGUCAGCUGCUUUUCCGACGCCACCGGCUUCGCCGUCGGCAGCGUCGAGGGCCGCUGCGCUAUCCAGUAUGUCGAGGAGAAGGACUCCAGCUCCAACUUCAGCUUCAAGUGCCACCGCGAGACCCCCCAGCGGGAAGUCAACAACAUCUUCUCCGUCAACUCCAUCUCCUUCCACCCUGUCCAUGGUACGUUCAGCACCGCCGGCAGUGACGGCACGUUCCACUUCUGGGACAAGGACGCCAAGCACCGUCUCAAGGGAUACCCUUCCGUGGGCGGCACUAUCUCCAGCACCGCUUUCAAUCGCAGCGGCAACAUCUUCGCAUACGCUGUAAGCUAUGACUGGAGCAAGGGCUACUCUGCCAACACCCAGCAACUGGCCAAUAAGGUCAUGCUGCACCCCGUCGGCCCAGAAGAGGUGAAGCCCCGGCCGGGCAACCGGAAGAGGUAAUGGAGAGGCUGGCUUGCGGAUCUGAGAAUGGGGGCGUCGUUGGGAGGGAGCCAACCUAGACUGGGCUCAGGGCUCAUUAUCUGGAGUAUCAUGCUCGGCCUAUACAUGGAUUGGCUAAGCCAUGUUCUUGCCAUGUUCUUGCCAUCUCUUUUUCUUUUCUUUUUUUAUUAUCUCAUCCACGUAUCAUGUACCCUUUUAUUAUUAUUGUUCUCUGGGAAUGCAUAUGAGCGAUUCAUUUUAGGUUAAUUGUGUUGCCUGGGGUUUCGGGGACAGGUCAUUCCUUCGAAGGAGAAGGGGAAAGAAAAGAAGAAAAGAGAGAGGAAACCCAAUGUAGCUGUUUGAGAUGGGGCUGUAAUGGGUGGAUUGUCCACCGGGCCUACAACCUGACUCUCUCUCUUUCCCAAGAUAAGAUAAGAAAAUGAAAUGAAUUUAA